AUGGCUACAGUCCGCAUUUGUGUCUGCGGAGACGAGGCUACUGGGAAAUCCAGUCUGAUCACUUCUCUGGUGAAGGAUGUCUUCGUAACCAACAAAAUCCAAUCCGUUCUCCCUCAGAUCACAAUCCCUCCUAGUAUUGGGACUCCCGAAAAUGUCACCACGACCAUCGUCGAUACCUCAGCGUUACCACAAGAACGAAAUACACUGCGAAAAGAGAUUCGGAAAUCGAAUGUCAUAUUGCUAGUCUACUCAGAUCAUUAUAGCUAUGAGCGAGUUGCCUUGUUCUGGAUGCCCUACUUCCGCUCUCUCGGAGUCAAUGUACCGGUUGUCCUAUGUGCGAACAAGUCGGAUCUGCCGACAAACGGGAACACAGCUCAGGUGGUGGAGGAUGAGAUGUUGCCAGUGAUGGCGGAAUUCAAGGAGAUAGAUUCUUGCAUACGGACGAGCGCCCGGGAACACCAUAAUGUUAAUGAGGUUUUCUUCCUUUGCCAGAAGGCUGUCACACAUCCAAUUGCACCUCUUUUCGACUCGAAAGAGGGCAACCUCAAACCUGCUGCAGUGGCUGCUCUGAAGAGAAUAUUCUAUCUAUCAGAUAAGGAUCAAGACGGAUACUUGAACGAUCAAGAGAUGCACGAUUUCCAGGCAAAAUGUUUCGAGAAAUCAUUACCGGACAUUGAUCUUGAAAAUAUCAAAUACUCUAUAAGUCGGGCUUCACCAAAUUCCGAUAUCCAGAAAGGGAUCGACCAAAGCGGCUUUAUUCAUCUUAACAAGAUCUUUGCAGAAAAAGGGAGACAUGAGACUAUAUGGAUCAUUCUGCGGAAAUACCAGUAUACAGAUAGUUUAAGCUUGAAAGACAGCUUUCUUCAUCCCAAGUUUGACAUCCCGGAAUACUCGUCAGCCGAGCUGAGUCCUGCUGGUUAUCGAUUUUUCGUCGACCUUUUCCUACUUUUUGAUCAGGACAACGACGGUGGCCUGAACGAUUCCGAGCUGGAUUCGCUCUUUGCCCCUACUCCAGGACAGCCACCUUUCUGGUUGGAGACUUCAUUCCCGUCCUCUACCGUCCGUAACGAGGCCGGCCAUAUCACUCUCCAAGGAUGGCUAGCACAGUGGUCAAUGACCACUUUCGUUUCUCCGACUACCACUUUAGCAUAUCUGGCGUACUUAGGCUUCGAACCUCCAAACCCCCGAGACUCGACUGCCUCAGCCCUCAAAAUCACUAAGUCCCGGAAACGGAGGCGUCGUCCAGGCCGCGUAGAGAGAAAUGUUGUUCUCUGCUAUGUCCUUGGUGCUCCCCAUUCUGGCAAAUCAUCUCUCCUAGACGCCUUUCUCAACCGACCUUUCGAUACUCUCUACAGGCCAACGCUGAGACCGCGUACAGCAGUUAAUAGUGUUGAACUGCAGGGUGGAAAGCAAUGCUAUCUCAUCUUAGAGGAGCUCGGUAAUCUCGAGCCCGCAAUCCUAGAGAAUCAAGCAAAGCUAGAUGCUUGCGAUUUAAUAUGCUACACCUACGACUCUUCGGAUCCAGACUCAUUCUCACAUAUCGUUUCAUUGCGAACAAAGUACCCUCAGCUCGACGAGCUCCCAAGUAUCUACACGGCGUUGAAAGCGGAUCAAGACAAAACAACGCAAAGGUCGGAAGUGCAGCCAGAUGAGUACACUAUGGGCUUGAAUAUGAACGCCCCGUUGCAUGUCAGUGUUACAUGGAAUAGCAUUAGUGAGCUCUUCAUUACUCUGGCGGAAGCAGCUACGAAUCCUAGCUCGGCGUUCCCCAAGAGCGAGGAGGAAGCUCCAGAUCGCACGAGUUUGUAUGUUGCUCUUGGGGCUACGGGAUGCGCCAUGCUCGCUGUGUUUAUGAUUUACAAGAGGACUACGAACGCAAAUUGA